GCGAGAGGGCGGCGGGCCGGCGGGCGGAGUGGGCCUGGGCUCGAGAAGUUUGCGCGGCGGCUGGUGAGCGCCGGGUGCGGGCCCCGCCGGCCGUGCGUGCCCGCUGCCAUGGCUUUCCGCCGGAGGACGAAAAGUUACCCGCUCUUCAGCCAGGAGUUCGUCAUCCACAACCAUGCGGACAUCGGCUUCUGCCUGGUGCUCUGCGUCCUCAUCGGGCUUAUGUUCGAGGUCACCGCCAAGACUGCCUUCCUAUUUAUUUUACCUCAGUAUAAUGUUAGCGUGCCUACAGCAGAUGGCGAGACGGUGCACUACCACUACGGGCCGAAGGACCUGGUCACAGUCUUGUUCUACAUCUUCAUCGCCAUCAUCCUGCACGCUGUGGUGCAGGAGUACAUUUUAGAUAAAAUCAGCAAACGGCUUCAUCUCUCCAAGGUCAAGCACAGCAAGUUCAACGAAUCUGGACAGCUGGUCGUCUUUCACCUCAGCUCGGUGAUCUGGUGCUUCUACGUGGUGGUGACGGAAGGAUAUUUAACAAACCCAAGGAGCCUCUGGGAAGACUAUCCGCAUGUGUACCUCCCCUUCCAGGUGAAGUUCUUCUACCUGUGCCAGCUGGCCUACUGGCUGCACGCACUUCCUGAGCUCUACUUCCAGAAGGUACGGAAGGAGGAGAUUCCCCGGCAGCUCCAGUACAUCUGCCUGUACCUGGUCCAUAUUGCGGGCGCGUACCUCUUAAACCUGAGCCGCCUGGGCCUGGUCCUGCUCCUACUGCAGUACUCGACCGAGUUCCUCUUCCACGCGGCUCGGCUCUGCUACUUUGCAGACGAGAACAACGAGAAGCUGUUUAACGCCUGGGCUGCUGCAUUUGGAGUCACCCGCCUCUUCAUCCUCACCCUCGCCGUGCUGGCCAUUGGCUUUGGCCUCGCUCGCGUGGAAAACCAGGCCUUUGACCCCGAGAAAGGGAACUUCAACACGUUACUUUGCAGGCUGUGCGUGCUGCUCCUGGUGUGUGCCGCCCAGGCCUGGCUCAUGUGGCGCUUCAUCCACUCCCAGCUGCGGCACUGGCGCGAGCGCUGGAGCGAGCAGAGUGCCAAGCGCAGAGCGCCCGCCGCGCCCAGGCUGGCAGCCAGGCUCAUCAAGAGGGAGUCGGGUUACCACGAAAACGGAGUGGUGAAAGCAGAGAACGGAACCUCCACACGGACUAAGAAACUCAAGUCUCCUUAGGGCCAAAGUGCUGAGAACAGGAAUCCUCUCACGGGCCCAGCAGGGAGGCCCCCCUCCUGCUCCAGAUGCCCCAUCUCACACAGCAGAAACCUGUCUUCACACAGGGCCUUGUCCUCUUCCUUACGUCUUGGCUUUCUCCUCUUCUUUCUCUGUGAACCAUUCUCAAUAAAACCAAAAAUCUUCCUC